GAAAUGGACGAAGAACAGCAGAAACACCAAGAAGAGCUCGGUUUGUGGAAGAAGGAGGCCAAGGCUGCACAAGACAGAUUUAAAGAGGACAUCACCACCAUGAACCGAAGACACCGUGGGGAUAUCAAACGUCUGGAACGGGAAUUGACUGAAGCUAAAGAGAAAAGUGAACACACAAAAAAUGCCGAUGACUCGCUCGUACAAAAUCUGGAAGCGAAAAUCGUAGAUUUGGAGUAUCGCUUGCGUCAGCCGUUGGCAGACUCCGAAGAAGUUCUAAGAUUAAGAACCAGGCUUCAGGAGUCGGAUAAGAUGCUCCAAAGUGCCGAGCAGCAGAUAAACGAACUGGAAACGAGAAGUGAAUCUUGGAGACAAGAGGUACCAGGUUAUUUAUUCCUGAAUGUCGUGUCAUACAUGGUCCCCUCUGAUUUGCGUGAAGGAAACGUAGACGAUAGUCGAAAGCGAAUCACCGCGGCCGUUCGGCAAUCGGGGACAAAGAGCCGUUUGGGGGGAAAUUUUAGCAGUUGA